GAGAAGGAUGUGGAGAGGUUCUUCAAGGGAUACGGCCGCAUCCGAGACAUCGAUCUGAAGAGGGGCUUUGGCUUUGUGGAAUUCGAGGAUCCAAGGGAUGCAGAUGAUGCUGUCUAUGAAUUGGAUGGAAAAGAGCUUUGCAGUGAGAGGGUUACAAUUGAGCAUGCAAGGGCACGCUCUAGGGGUAGAGGCAGAGGGAGGUACUCUGACCGGUUUAGUAGCCGCCGUCCACGUAGUGACAGGAGAAAUGCCCCACCCGUAAGAACAGAAAAUCGGCUCAUAGUAGAAAAUUUGUCUUCCCGAGUCAGCUGGCAGGAUCUCAAAGACUUCAUGAGACAAGCUGGGGAAGUAACCUUUGCAGAUGCACACAGACCUAAGUUAAAUGAAGGGGUGGUUGAAUUCGCCUCUUACAGUGAUUUAAAGAAUGCUAUUGAAAAGCUUUCUGGUAAAGAGAUUAAUGGAAGGAAAAUCAAACUAAUUGAAGGCAGCAAAAGGCACAGGUCCAGGAGCAGGUCGCGGUCCCGGAGCAGGAGCUCAUCCCGGUCUCGUAGCCGGUCCCGUUCUCGCAGCCGCAAGUCGUACAGCAGGUCCAGGAGCAGGAGCCACAGCAAGUCCCGGUCGGUCAGUAGAUCGCCCAUGCCAGAGAAGAGCCAGAAACGUGGUUCUUCCAGCAGAUCCAAAUCCCCGUCCUCCGAGGACCGGCAGAGGUCGAGAUCGAGGUCGAGAUCUGUUGACAGUGGUAACUGAACUCUUGAGUAACUUGCCCUGGGGGGCCCUUUUUUAAACCAUACUUGCUAAAUCUUGUGGUAAGUAUGUGACUUUCUGCGGGGAAGGGUUUGGAUGGGGAGGGGGGGA